CCUCCAAGAGAGCCCUGAGGCUGUGCCUGCUCGGGAGAAACCCAGGCUCCAGAAGCAACAUGUCUCAGCUGGAAACUGCAAUGGGAAUGACCAUUGCUGUCUUUGACCAGUAUGCAAGGACUGAUGGCAACAGGCAAACCCUCAGCAAAGCAGAACUAAAGACUCUGCUGGAAAAGGAGCUCCCAAAUUUCCUCGAGUCUGGGAAGGACAAGAAUGCUAUUGAUAAAGUCUUCAAGAACCUGGAUGAAAAUGGAGAUUCCCAAGUGGACUUCAAAGAAUUUGUCCUCUUUGUGGCAGCUCUGACUUGCUGCUGUCACAAAUAUUUUGAGCAGAAUGCAGCCAAAUAGUUGUCAAACCACUCACAAAAGCUGUCUUUGCAUGUGCUCCAUAUGCCAGUGAUAUGGAUCCCUUCACUCCUCCCAUGUACUGCUGUGAAGUUUGCAAGCACACUGGACUGUAAAAAUAAACCCUACUGAGCUUAUCC